UACACGUCACAGCGGAACCUUCCUGCUGUGACGUCAUGGUGUCCAUCGGAAGCAUUUUAACGGGACACCGUCCUGACAACGAGAAGCAGCCGUUCCUCCGCGAGGAAGAUGAGCACCAAACAGGUGACCUGCAGGUACUUCCUCCACGGCGUGUGCAGAGAGGGCAGCCGCUGUCUGUUCUCCCACGACCCCAACACCAGCAAGCCCUCCACCAUCUGCAAGUUCUACCAGAGGGGAGUGUGUGCCUACGGGGAGCGCUGCAGGUACGAUCACAUCAAAUCUUCAUCCAGAGGAGGGGGUGGAGCUUCAGAGGAUCAGGCAGGUGUGGGAGGGGCUGGAGGCGGAGCUUCAGUCAGAGGUGGAGCGAAGAAGACGCUGGUUAUGAGAGAAAGAGUCCUGGCUGUAGACAGUAUGUUUGGGGGUCCAUCAGACAGUUUGGGGUCAGAGGUCACAGCGGCGGUGGCGUCUCCUCAGACAUACGUGGACGCCAUCAGGACGGGUCUGGACGCCUCGGCACCGGAACCAGCCCCUCGCCCAGUGGGCGGGGCUUAUCAGAACCUCCCCCAGCUGUGUCCCUAUGCUGCCGCCGGACACUGUUACUAUGGAGACAACUGUACGUAUCUCCAUGGCGACCUGUGUGAGGUGUGCGGGCUGCAGGUGCUCCAUCCACAAGACCCCGAGCAGAGGAGAGCGCACGAGAAGAUGUGUCUGCUGUCCUUUGAGGCUGACAUGGAGAAGGCAUUUGCGGCUCAGCUCAGUCAGGAUAAGGUGUGCUCCAUCUGUAUGGAGGUGGUAGUCCAGAAGCUGAACCCGUCGGACCGCCGUUUCGGGAUUCUGUCUUCGUGCUGUCACACCUUCUGUCUGUCCUGCAUCCGACAGUGGCGCUGCACCCGGAGCUUCAGCAACAAGAUCAUCAAGUCGUGUCCGGAGUGUCGGGUCACCUCAGAGUUCGUCAUCCCGUCGGUGUACUGGGUCGAAGACCAGGACGACAAAGACCACCUCAUAGAACUCUUCAAGUCCGGAGUAAGUAAGAAGUCCUGUAAGUACUUCGAUCUGGGUCGGGGUUCGUGUCCUUUCGGGGGGAAGUGUUUGUAUCUUCACGCCUUCCCAGAUGGAAGCCGAGCAGAACCAGACCGCCCGAGGAAGCAGCUGAGCUCCGAGGGGAACGUGCGGUUCAUGAAUAGCGUCCGUCUGUGGGAUUUCAUCGAGGAGCGCGAGCAGCACUCGGCCCCGCCCCUGAACGAUGACAUCACAGAGCUGAGGGAGCUCUUCAUGCAGAUGUCGGGCCCGAGCCACGACGAGGCCGAGAGCCCAGCCGGACCGGACCAGUAGAGACUGGACUGGGUCGUCAGGAGGAUGGGGGUCCUGAAACAUUAAAUCAUGUGAUCACAGUCUGCAAACGUCAGCCAAUCACGUUUGAGUAUUUAAUUUAUUCUGUAAAUACAAUCCGUGUGAAGUCAGACCGCCUCUGUGGAGUUAUUCACUCACUCACCUGUUCUCAUGUUUACAGUCAGCAAACGUUCAGAAAA